UCACAGAGACCUUGAUAUUGAGUGGGAUUUAUUCAGUUUCCAUGUGUCAUGGCGGCGCGGCGACGUUUGUAAAAAGCAUACGAUGAGGCUCGUUGCGAAUUGGUUCCCCCCUGACAAUUUAACAUGGAAGAAGAAGCAGAUCCUGAGGAACAGGCGUUCCACUCCACCGUUCGGGAGUACAUCAUUUUCUUGCUCCUCUUCGGUAUCCUCUAUGUGGUCAGUUACCUCGUCCUGAGAACAUACCUGCACAAGGAGAAGCACGAAGACAAAUUGGAUCCAGACAAUGGUGAAGCGACAGUACACAGAAUCAGCCUGGGAAUGUGCACUUUUGCACUCACAGUGGCGGUAGGGGCAGCUCUCCUCCUGCCCAUCUCUAUCCUCAGCAAUGAAAUUCUGCUGCUCUACCCCAGCAGCUACUAUGUGAAGUGGCUCAACUCGUCACUUAUCAAUGGGCUGUGGAAUCACGUCUUUCUGUUUUCAAACCUGUCCAUCUUCUUCCUUCUGCCCUUCGCAUACUUCUUCAGUGAAUCUGAAGGAAUUGGAAGCCAGCAGGGGUUGAUUGGCAGGGUUUAUGAAGCCUGCCUAAUCCAGUUGAUGCUGGCCAUCCUCGUUUUGGGCAUAGCGUUUGUGUUGUGCGCGUUGAUCGACAAAAGCCAAUCCGCCGUUGAACUUUUCUUCAAUGUGUGGAACUACUUGCCAUUUUUGUACUCGUGUCUUUCGUUCCUCGGCGUUCUCUUACUUCUGUUGUGCACACCCCUUGGCUUUGCACGCCUUUUCACCGUGCUCGGCCAGAUCAUAAUUCGGCCCAACUUUUUGUCGGACGUGAACGACGAAUACUAUGCCGUCCUGUUUGAGGAAUCGUGCAUCCGCGAAAGACUUAAAAUGAAAUCCCCCGAAAAGCAACUCAACGGACAAGGCCGUCAAGCGCGCAAAGUUCUUGAAUCGAAGCUCGUGGCGCUGGAAGCGCAGCGUUUCAAGUUGAAUCAACAGAGACGGUCGUCGCCCGUCCUGCGACGUCUGAUCUACCCACUGGCCAUGAUUCUGCUGCUGGCCCUCACCAUGGCUGCUUUGCUCAAUGUUCUUCAGAAUACUCUGCAGUUGUUGGUGGGAAUUAAAGCCCUGCCGCUGGCCACUCGCGAGCAGUUUCCGCUCGGGCUCAGUUCCCUCUCAAAAUUAGGUCUGAUUGGUGCCGUGAUUGAAGUGGUCCUAAUCGGCUACUUGUUGGCAGCUUCCACUGUCGGCCUCUACACAUUGCCCUUUCUAUCGGGCAUCCGACCGACGGCCAGGAACACGCCACUGACGCAGCUGAUAGUCAAUUGUGGACUAGUCUUGGUGCUGAGCUCGGCUCUACCAUUGUUAUCACGCAUUUUGGGCAUCAGCAACUUUGAUCUGUUGGGCAACUAUGGACGCAUCGAGUGGCUCGGCAACUUCUACCUGGUCCUGCUCUACAACGUCAUCUUUGCCGUGGCGGCCACUCUCUGUCUAGCCAAAAAAGUCACCAAUUCGCUUCUACUCGAGGUUUGGCGCCGGCUCAAGCUAGCCUGCACGACCUCGCUGCAACGCGGUGCGCUCGAGCCCCAUCGUAUGCUUAGUCCCGUCGGGCCUCGAAAGUCUGCUCCAAUCAGACAAACAAACGAUUAGACGAGAACGAGAGAUACGUGAUAUGAAUCAUCCAUUAUCUUAUUUCAGUUUAGUUUCCUCCGUUGCAUCUAGUCUCACUUUUCUAAUUCCCCUUUUUUUCCCAUCACACUACUGGUCCCACACAAACACCCCACGGUUCUUUUUGUCUUCUUCUUUUUCCCGGAGACAGAGGGGCUUGACAUUCUGCACCUUGGUUUCCAAUUACAUUAAACGAUAAAAAUCGUUUACUUUUCACCUGUGUCCUUUUGUUUAAUUUGUCCGUAUCAGUUUCGGUUGUUGAUGGCCCGUGGAAGCGAUUUCUUUUUUUUUCUUGUCUUUACGUGAAAAACAUGUACAACUUCUUGCCGCGCAAUAAACGCGUUAUUUUAAAGCGGGAAA